AUGGCUCCAUCGCUAGCCAGACUUCGCAGUGAGCGUGGUACAUGCAAGGCCACAAUCACAAAAAUCGAAUCUUUCCUGAACACUACGGAAGCCCUCUCGGAAGAGGCCCUGAAAUGUCGUCUUGUCUCACUUCGGCGCGCAGCGGAAAAGUUUGAGGUUAUCCAGAGCAACAUCUACGAGUUACUGGACGAUGGUCAGACUGCCCUCGACAACGAAGAAGCGGAAGUUGCCAAUUUUGAGGAGAGGGUUGUUGUACUUGAGACGAGAAUCAAUUCUUUGCUUAAAACAUUCAUCAUAACCUCAAAUCAGUCAGAAGUUUCCGACGUAGAUGAGGACAAUCUCACUAAAAUGGCCAUGACAUUGGCACAGGCAAUCAGGGAUGGCAAUCAGGGUCCUCGACCUCAACACAUGAAGCUUCCUCAAUUAGAUAUUCCUAAAUUCUCAGGGGAAUAUACUGAUUGGCGGUCUUUCAGGGAUCUUUACAAACGCAGCAUUCACCAGAAUGCAGAUCUUUCGGCAGCUCAAAAGUUCCAAUACCUACAAGGGCUCGUCGAGGGUAAAGCUAAGGCUGUCAUCAAACACAUUCCGGCCACGGAUGAGAACUAUGAGGAUGCCUGGCAAAGCCUGGAGAAAAGAUUUGACAAGAAGCAAUGCAUUCUUUUCUCUCACAUCGAUGCAUUUUUCGGACUGAAGAAUGUCCCUGACAGCCACCCAAUCGGCCUCAGAGGCCUCCUGAAUUCAGUUCUGGAGUCAAUCAACGCUGUCGAUGCUCUGGGCUACAAGGAAAGGGAUGUGUGGCUGAUGAACUUCAUUCUUCGCAAAGUGGACAAAAAUACUCACGAUCUAUGGACAGCGAAGUUUCCACAAACAGAUGUUCCUUCCUGGAGUGACUUUUUGGAUUUUCUCGAACGCAGAUGUGACGCACUGGAAGCAUCCAGGUCAAACAAUCCAUCAUCUCAACAUCAAGAGGGAAAUUCCAAGAGCUCUAAGACUUCCAAGCCUCCCAGGACAACAUUGGCAGUAGCAGUACAAGUUUGUGAAAUGUGUGAGCAAGGAGCACAUUUCAGCUAUCAAUGCCCCAAGUUUGUGGCUGCAACACCGCCUCAGAGACUUCAGCUGGCCAGGAAGUGCAAGUUGUGCUUCAACUGCUUGCGAAAUUCACAUACAAUUGAUACUUGUCAAAGUUCAAAUUGUCGUAAAUGUCAAUUAAAACACAACACAAUGUUACAUGAGGCGCUUUUCCCACAGCCUGGGGGCUCACAGGUUACACCAGUAACUUCCACACCAGUGGCAUCAGAUUCCCAGUCAACCGGGGGAACUCAGCCGAGUUCCUGUGUCAGCAGUAAGGAGAUCCGGACUGUGUCCAAGCAGAUUCUUCUUCCUACGGCAAUCAUCCUAGUGAGAGGAGGCGAUGGUCGCAUCCACAAGGGAAGAGCCCUCAUAGACUCUUGUAGUCAGUCAAAUUUCGUCACAGCUUCCUUUGCCCGGAAGUCUUGGCUACCCAUAUUCAAUCAGGGUGGUCAGGGAGUAUCUGGUAUUGGGAAAAACACCACAUCAAUUUCCAAUGCCACACGUUUCACAUUUACCUCUCAAGAUGGGCAAUUCAUGAUGACAGAGGACUUCAUGAUCCUUGAGAACAUCGUCGAAGAUCAGCCAAGAUCAUCCUUUGCAAUUCCUUGGCACAUUCCACCAGGGAUUCAGUUGGCUGAUAUGGAGUUCAAUGUCAAGUCUGGAAUUGAUAUACUUCUCGGAGCAGAGGUAUUCAUUCGAUCACUCCGUCCGGAACGCAUUGAAGGUUCACCGAUUCUUCAAGACACAGCAUUUGGCUACAUUGCUGUCGGGAAUGUAGCACCUGAAACCCCAGCUACAAGCUUCAGUUCUUGCAUUUCUACGUGUCUUUGCUCACUCAAUAAACAAGAUCCACUUCACAAGCAAAUGGAGAAUUUCUGGUUGGUGGAGGAGCCACCUUCGACUGGUCAGAUCAUGAGCAAAGAAGAGCAAUUGUGUGAAGAGCACUUCAUACAAAACACCACACGAGACACUGAGGGUCGCUAUUCCGUCAGGCUCCCUGUCCGGGAAAACAUUCACACUCUUGGGGAUUCGGAAAUGCUGGCAAGAAAGAGAUUUCUUUGCACUGAAAGAAAGCUUCAACGGAAUUCUGAUUUGCGAGAGAAAUACAUUGCCUUCAUGCGAGAAUACGAGAGUCUAGGACACAUGCGUCCACUCCCGGUGACCUACCAAUCCGACAGACCCGCAGUCUAUUUGCCACAUCAUCCAGUCAUCAAGGCAUCAUCCAGUUCAACACCCAUCCGGGUAGUGUUUGACGCGUCGGCGAAAACAAGCACCGGAGUAGCCCUGAAUGAUGUGCUGAUGGUAGGACCGAAAACACAAGACGAUCUUUUCAACAUUUUACUCAGAUUCAGAGAGCACAACAUAAUCAUUAAAGCUGAUGUUAAGAAGAUGUUUCGCCAGGUGCUCGUGCACCCAGACGACCAAAACAUGCAGCGCAUCUUCUGGAGAGAAUCGCCUCAACAUCCAAUUCAGACAUACUUAUUGUCCACGGUCACGUACGGCACGGGGAGCGCAAGUUACCUCAGCACCAGGUGUAUCAAACAGCUUCUGGAGGAUGAGGGAGACACCUACCCAUUGGCCAAAUCUCUCAGGCACAAAAACUACAAUCACAAAUCGAAGCACUCAUGCUGA